GAAAUGUAUUGAUCAACUCUUACAAUGCAAAAAGAAUUAUUUCUCUCUGUAUAAUAUUGAGACCAAGAGUAGGGCUUCUUAAUUUCAUCUGUUUUUGACCAAGAGAUCCAAUAUAUUUCUAUUGGUUAAGCAAAUUCUACAUACAGUUUGGGUCCUCUUUAGUAUGAUUAAUGCUAUAUUCCUGAAAGAGAAAGCUAUUUGUAAAAAUACCACUCUGAUUCUACUAUCAAUAAUUUGAAUAUAUUUGCUAGAAUUGAACUAGUCAGAUUAUCCUGAAGUCACCUCAAAUGAUAUCUUAGAUUACUAUUUGGUUCUAGCCCAACAUUUUGGCAUAUAUUAACUUUUCUAAUUCUCUAAACAUAGAGUCUAAGAGGAUUUCAUGCUCUUUUGCUUUCAUUCUACUCUGAAUUCAGCUCAUUGGUACAAAAUAUAUUCAUAAUGAUCUUUUUGUCAAAGGUUCACACCUGAGUAAAUACCAUGGCUAUGCUCUGCUUUGCUUUUUCUCAAUUUCUAUUAAAUUCAUUUGUGAGCAAUUGGCUCUGAUAUCCUCGACUAAAUAAGUGAAUACUUCUAAGCGAGCUCUUAUUUCUUACACUGAGAGCAUAUUGACAAUUCUUGAUGAUUUUCUUGUGUUCUAUGACUACUUCUUCAUGACUGAUGCAACAAUGGUUUGGGUAGAUCGCCAGCAGGUCUAGCUUUUAGGUUUUAAGAAAAGAGCAUAUUGCGAGCUAUCUUUACAAAUGCUUUAAUAACAUAUUAGAAUAGAUAUACGGUCAAUUCAGAAUUACUUGGAGUAAUUCUUUAUUAAAAUAUCAUUGGAAUGGUAAUCAACACAUUUUGUUUGGUGAUACUGAUUGUUCUUUAAGAGAAAAACAGAUCAACCAUUUAUGUAGGAUUUUGAG